AUGCCUAUGCGCAUCAAUCACUCAAAACCUCAAAAUGGCUCUACUUCUCCAAAUCAAUCGCGUCGACAAAGUUCCCCUGGAGGCCUUCCCAGGCGCAGCAAUUCCAUCAGUUCACCCUCAGUCGAUAAUGGGUUUCCCCGUGGCGGACGCCAAAAACGUUAUCGAUAUGGUAGUGGAGCCUCGUUAGGCAGCUCUGACGUUCAACAGCCAUGUCGAAAGCCUCGGCGGAACCGAUCUGUAGCCGGAAAUAACAUUCGCGAGACCCUUUCCGCUGCAGAUUCUGCCGCUGAUAUCAUUUGUAAUGGCGAAUUCGCGUCGGAAGGUCCCACCAAGUGUUUUGGUGAUUCCGGCGAAUCUGAUUCUAACUCCCGCAUGGAAGCCAUUAAGACGGUAGUUGAAGAGGUUACUGCGGUGCAAGUUACCGUUCGUGUCGACGAUGAUGGCUCUGGAACACAGACUCCACAGAGUAAUGACGAGGGUAAUAAUAGCGAGAAUGAAGACGAACAGGUUGCAAAACUGCCACCAACGUCGUUUCCAGACACCGAAUCCACCUGCGAUUCCUCGACUACUGUUGUCGCUGUUGACAAAAAUGUUCAGAGAUCUCUUUCCUCCGUUUCCGUCGUUCCUCGUUCAAUUAGCUGUGAUUCCUCCAUACCCUCCACCUCAUCCUCUGCCCUCCCCGUGGACGCAGCAUUUAGGCAACAAGUGAUUGCAGCCUGCUCAACCACUCGCCUUCCCAAGUCCAGUCUUUCAAGCUUCUCAUCUGUCACUUCCCUCGUUGAUGCCGUUCUCGAGCCCCUUUCCAUGAUCCUAUCGCCAGGGGAGCCCGUUCUUUCCGCACAACAUCAACCAGACAAUAAUCCGCCAUCCCAGGGUCUGUUCAAUGAAAGUUCCUCCUGCUCCUUCCUCAACACCUGUGAGCCCUGUUCCAUAGUGACCGAUCAGCACAUCGCUGUUGCUACUUCCGUCACCGGUAGACGUGGCAAAAGGAAACGUGAACCAAUUUCUCGUGGAAAUCCAAAGAAGCCAGCAUUGAAGACACCGACAGUAGAGGCAAACUUGGAGUCAGACAUGGAUGUUGAUUCAGCAGCAGAGUCUCAACCGCAUGUCUACCCUCUACGCUCGAGAAUUCGUCAGGAACAACUGCGCAGAGAGUGGGAAGAGAGGCAGGCUGCACCGCGCCAGUUAGACAGUCUUCCCUUCGAACUCAUUCUCCGCAUUGCCCAAUAUCUCAGUGUCCAGGACCUCUUCUCCCUUCAGUGCCUCAACAAGCGACUAAAAGUUAUCACAACAAGGCAUCUGAGAACGUUAAAACGAAUUAACUUCAGCUCGGGAUUGCCCUUUGCCUAUUUACCGAGAAAGCUCAACGACGCUGCACUGAAGCGCAUUCUGUCCUACACUCCCGAGGUCACCCACAUUCUUGGUUUCUAUCCACGUCGCAUUUACGACAACACUUCCCCCGAGUUACAGCACAUCACCCAUGCUCUCACCUACGAUGGGGUGUUUGAGGCAUUUCGUAGUUGCACAAAACUCCGCUCGGUUGAGUUGAUGGAUGUGGGCCUAAUGAGCCUCCUCGUGAACCGUCUACCCAAUGUUAAAUUUCAUGGUAUGUUCCGAAACCGACCGGACAGUUGGGAUAGUGAGUAUGCGGUUCCUAUGCCACCAGAGCCUGUCCCGCUGUCUAGUCCAUCAGAUGGUCCUUCUACUCCAUCUUCCACUACAAAUAAUCUCGCUCACGUGGCGGCUGCUUUCAUUCACCGAGCUGCUGCCAGUGGAGCUCGAUUAGCAAGGUGGUUUGAGCCGGUAGGGGAGGUGCCGCAGCUUCAGGGAUCUCCAUGCUGUCCACAGUACACCUACCUCUACCCGCACGCUCAUCGCGUCUUUCUUCAACCACACUUCCAUAUGCACGCUCAACGGAACGUCAACCAGGCACCAGUAGUGACGGAAUCACCUCCUACGGUAGCAUCGGUGGAGUCAUCAAAUGCGGGCUGGGAGCAGGGUGCGCACGGGUCGAUGAUGGCGUUCGCUAUCGCCACGGCGUUUGUGCCGCCGGAGGGUGUGCAAGAUCGGAAUGAUUUGAAUCCGAGGCGGAGAGUGAGGGGUGGUGCAGUAGGUAGCACUAGUGGUGGGGCGAUGACGCACCUGUGCAGACCUCCGAUCGCUGCACUGCUCUCGGGCGUUUCGGCAGCUGCAGCUGCGGCCGCGGCAGCAGCAGCAGGAAGUACCAGGGACACGCAAACUGGUGCACCAGUUUCACCCUUCUCACAACUCACUCGCACACCGUCGGUCAGCCUUCCUCUGGCCAUAUCCAACCUCACGAAGCUCGAUCUUGUCUCUGUUGCCAUUUCGGUUCUUCCCAGGCUUGAUAAUGUCAAGUACCUCCACUUGAAGUGGGUCCUUUUCACUCAACAAGAUCCAUUUGCCUCGUUUCAAGCCGGGAAGCUGCAAUCAUUUGUGAUGAACAACUGCGUUGGGCCGCGACGAUACCUCCGAUACGUUCGUGUCUUUGCAGUUCUUGCUCGAGCCCCUCAGCUGGCUCGAUUGGAGCUUGUUGGCACACGCUUUAUUGAAGGUCUUCUGGAGCAGAUUGUGGACCGCCAUGAGCCUCCAAUUCUCUGUUUCCGAAACCUCCAACGGCUGGUGCUAGCGGGUAAUAGGGACUCGACGGCGGUGGAUGCUGGUCUACUGCUACUCGCGGGUCAACAGAGUCUCGUCCAUGCUGCUCUACAACUCUGGCACACGAAGAAUUCGCUGUUUGAGGCCCUUUCCUACGCCAGGGUUCGGCUAUCACGAUUGGAGAGCCUUAUUCUGGGUUAUCAGGAUCCCUACCGAGCGCGUCUCACUCCCACUGAAGCAAUGGAUUUGGAUCUGGCUGAGUCUACGGAGAGCUCUUUGCCCUACUGCUCCUUCACAAAUCGCGGUCUCGCUCUCGUCUUUCCACUUUGCCCUCGUCUCUCUAGCCUCACCAUCCGACACGCGCCCUACAUCACCCGUUUUCCCCGUAUCGACCAGCUCAUUCCUGUGGAGGCUGUGACAGCAGCGGCUGCUGCUACAGCACCUUCGCAACCUUCAACUUCAAUCGCCACUCCUGUGCCAUCGCAGUUCCCUCAAUCGUCAACAUCAACGGUCCCUGGACUACCACAGCCGCCUCAAAUACCAACGUCAUCAUCGGGAGCGCCUAAAAUCGUUCCUAACACUGUAUAUCGUUCCUCUCUCCCCUUAAAAUCUCUGACUCUGGAAAACUGCCCUGGCAUAACCGUGUCAGAACUGGAGAGUAUCCUCGCAAAAGGCGACCCCUUCGGCUUUCUGGAAUCCCUCGUCUUGCGUGAUAUGUUCCCCUUGAGCCGAGAGACUGCGUUUAUGGGACCUGCCUACUACUGGUCGCAGCGGUGGUUGCUCGACCCCAACACAUUGCGAGGGGCUGGAGGCGAGGAAAGAGAACUUUCAACUGGUCCUGACUACCGGAAGCUGGGUCUCCUUCUUUCCAUUGCGGACCUCCUCUCGUCUCGUCUCGUCGCCUAUCCGCCCCUCUCUCCUGUCGGUAUUGGCAUGGGUGCUUCGGUUCGUGAUGUUUCGCAUUCAGUCGCCACCACCGGCCUCCGUGUCCACGAACUGCCCGUCCAACCCUUUGACAUCUUCUUCACUCUGCGGACUCACACCUACCUGACCUCUCUGCUUCAACUGGACGGCACGUGUGGACGCCGCGCCUUUGGACUUUGCAGGAUUCAUCGUCUACUCCUUGACACUGCUCUGAUUGACCAUCCACCAGAGGUUGGCAUGGGAGAGGAAGAAGAAGAAGCAAAAAGCGCCUCCUUUAUCUCUCGCUCCACCCAGACUUGUGUGUGUGGUCUACUUGAAUGGGAUUUCGUCCAACGCCUCCAUGUGGAAUCUGGACCCUCCCAGUUACCUCCGGCAGACCCCAAGGACCAGGGCCUGUACCAACAUCAGCAUCAGUUGGGCGGCCCAUUGGCCUUUCACCCCUUCCCCGUGCUCUUACAGCAUAACGCGCUCUACCAAAAACUUAUCUGCUCGGAUUGGGCGGAUAAGAUAUGCGCCACAACCGCCUUUGAUCGGCUUCGGGAUAAGCAGCGUUCUUAUGUUCGGCCCCUGUGUGGAUCUGGCGAGUGCUUCGGAUGUAGUUCGGGAUUAGUAAAAUCGCCUUCGGAAACACAGGCGGAACCGUCACUGCACCACACACCGCGCAUUUGGACGGCUCGCGACGCCUGCGUUGACACAAGCGAGUUGCGCCAAUUCGUGGGUCCCAAGCCCUGUGUGCUAACCCUGCGACAACCCAUUGCCUCUCCCCUCAGCUGUCUCACCACGCUGCACUUUGAACACGUGGGUCUCACCCACCUGGUGCUCUCCAGCGUGCCGCGGUUGAAGAACAUCACCCUGGAAAACUGUCCAGCUCUCACCGCCAUACUGUUCCACGCCGUUGUGACCGGUGCUCCCGCUACCGCCAUCACCGCCUCCUCCACUGUCUUCUCGCCCCGUAUCCCCGUGAAGAUGACCAAUCCGGUGCCCUCCCUCCGACGUGUUCGCAUUAUCCGAUGUCCGAAAUUCGCUAUCUACAAUUGGCUCGGUGCUGUUGCUGCCCUCUAUCCCUAUCAUGAGGAGAAUAUGUUUAUCACUUUUCGACCCUUUGGACCCUACCACGAGGCUGUGGAACAGGCCUUGUGGCGGAACGCCAAAUCCGUACACGUGAUGAUCUCGCAUGACUACUCCAUAGAUCGCAGCGAAUGCGCCAUGGAGGAGACGAACUCGGCCUUUGAACAGCGCUUUAGAGAAGUCAUUUCCCUCACUGACUCUUUUCAUCGUCGUAGUUCUCCAGCCGAUCCCAAUUCUUUGAACCAGUCUCUUCGUCCGCGUCUGUUCCACUCCGAUGAAGGUGCGGACUGGAGUCUCCUCACAGACAUUGCUUGGGCACCUCAAGGCGCUCUGGAUCCCACCGUGGAGGUGUCAACAACGGACCCCCAACCCCCCUCAAACAUUGUCGACCCGCCCACAUUGUUUGAUGAAGGAGACGACAGAAGUCGCUUUGAGGCCUUCUUGGCCGCUUACCGCGGAGAGUACAAGUUCCACCGAAGGGGCAUUCACCUCCACGUGCAGUAUCGCGAUGUGCAUGAAGGCGUAGUAGGGGGAGGUGACUCCGGCUACCUCCUGUGGCCUUACACGGACUCCUAUCUACAAACCGUGCCUCCUGAGGACGAUCUAAACGCCUGGGGAGACGGUUUCAAUGAGUCUUGGGUACAUGUGCUUCCCCCACACACGCGCACAGGCAAAGUGCUGGUGGAUAUCGGGAAUGUCUCCAUGCUGGCGGCAAUGGAGGCCAGAUUGGGCGAAAGGAAACGACGUCGGGAGACCGAAGGCUCUGCUGAGGCACCCAUGGUAGCGGAGGUGAAAAUUUCACGCUUUGAGACCGAAGAAGGUGGUAAUGGCCGUUCAAAUUUACAGCAUCUCACAAACGUCAUUCCCUCAAAUCGAGUGAAGCCAGCCGACACAGUGAUCUGCCCGCCCGCCCCUCCUCCCUUCCUCCCCAAUCUGCCCUUGGCGUUGAUGCGGGACUGGAUGGGAGCCGUUGCUUUUGGCAGCAGACCUGACCUUCACUUUGACUAUUCAUUCGUGUACUGUGUGUGGACAGGGCUCCACCAGGCGGCCUGGUCUCCGCGCCAUGCCAGUAGUCGCCCAGCUCUUCCCUCCGUCGACAAUGAAUCCUCUAUCUGGGUCAAUCCACCCCUCAUGGACAGGAGCUUUGCGGGUACGAUUGUGGCCGCCCUGGAGUCUGAGUCAAAGCGUGAGUAG